AUGACUUCAAGUGAUGACUGCAGUGCUUUUACAAACAUCACUGAGGACAAAGUUGCUCGGUGGCUUUUUACUCCAGCAGACACCAUCAUUAUUACCGUCAUCAUACCGAUCAUCAUGGCUCUUGGGUUCAUCAACAACUCUACUUUUCUAUUUGUAAUUUUACGUUCUCCAAAAAUGAGAUCUGAAACUAUUAGGUACUUGACACAUUUGGCAGUCGCUGAUCUUCUGUACCUGUUUAUGGGUGCCGGAUCCAAGCUCGGAAAGUACAAAACAGCGCCAGUUAUUGGAGGCACUUUUCUUAAGAACUCAGCAGAAUGCAUCUGCUUUUUUUUAGUUAUUAAUACUUGCUAUUUUGCAUCGAUUGCUUUUGUUACCAUGGUUUCGUUCGAGAGAUACAUUGCCCUGUGCCAUCCCAUCAAACAUCUGAAAAUACGUGGACGGCGUCGAACGAACAAAACAGUGGCGAUCUGCUGGCUGGUUGGGUUAAUUUUUUCAGGAUUAACAUUACCUGGCUCAGCUAAACAUGUUAUUAAAUGUCUUCAAUGGCCCGAUGAUGACAAGUACCAUGGGUUCCCAUCCACUGUGGCGUCUUGUGGUGCCAUACAACCAUGGGUUAUCUACUUCACUAAACCAUUGUUAAAUAUUCCUUGGCUAAUUGCGCUGGUUGCCAACAUUUACAUGUUUGUUAAAAUCAUACAGACAUUACACAAGCGCAGGAGUGCCUUAGGUAAGACACAAAGAUACAACGAAGCAGUGCAUACUCGAAACCAAGUAGCCAAGAUGCUGAUUGUCAAUGGAGUAGUAUUCUUCAUCUGCCAGACACCAUACCGCGUGAUAAGUCUGACUGAAUGGGUUAGUCUUUUAGCAAAGAUUCAGGAUCCUUUACACGCAAGUCUUGGGCUUGCAAAGUUAUGGGUUUCUUUAAUUCCUCAGUAUGUCAACACCAUUGUCAACCCUUUGAUCUACGGUGUGAUGAGUUCACAAUACCGUUCAGCUUUAAUAGUUGCCUUUCAGUGCAAGAGAAGAUCCAGAAAUAAGGAAGUUUCUGCAACCAUUUCUUCAAAUGUUUUCAACGCACUCCAGAUGCAAUCGUUCGACACAUUUAACGACAGUAUGAAGAUGGAAAGCAGAGUGUGA